AUGCCUCCUAAAAGCGCUUUGAAGGCGAUUAGGGCAGAUCUAGAUGCAGGAGACUACCCCCAGGCAGCCGCAAAGGCAUCUGAACUUUGCACUCAGGAUCCCCAAAACUACCAUGCGCACAUCUUCUUAGGCCUGGCAAAAGACAAGCUCAACGAGUACGAUGCAUCCGAAAAGGCAUAUGAGUCUGCUAUCAGGAUAAAGGAUAGUGACAAGACCGCCUGGCAGGGCCUGGUUGCACUCUACGAGUCGCAGGGCCCGAAACGAUUGGAGAGCUAUUCUCCGGACGAGGAUUAUACCCGAGCUCACGGAGUGUUAGACAAGUAUAUCAACUUCGUGAAAGUUCAAGGGUCUAAGUUUCAAUAUAUACAUGCCCUUCAGCUACAGCUACCUACCAGCCGUAUCUACAAGUGUGUAGAAGGGCUAGCUCCACGGCCUUCGGAAGCAUACCUUCGUGUAGCUGAGCUCGCCGAACAAGAAGAGAAAGAGUUCAUCAAUCGCGAAAUAGGCGAGCGGAGGACCAGGCUAGGUGCAAGAAUCGAUCAGGUCACUACAGAGGUAAAGCGUGAAGCUUUCAACCGAAGUAUACUCAACGAAAUAUACCAAGGAAUUAUUGAUUGGACACAUGACGACGAGACGCGCCGUUCUUAUGAAGAAAAGAUCCUUCAGAGAUAUUGUGACCACCUUUGUAUUCUUCCUACCAAGGAGAAAACCGCAAGCCGCGAACUGGUUCUGAAGGCGGCGCGCGAUAUGGUAAUCAUCAAGCACCCAUUCGAGCUGGCUUGGAGAAUUGUAUUCGACUGGAGCGAUACUGAAGCUCUUUCUGGCCUGGAUGUUACCUUGCUUAGGGAUUUCAUCCGCUUGUUCCCCGACCAUGGCCUUAGUAGGAUACUCAAUGGGUUCCUUAACACUAACCUUUCCCCAUUCCCUCCCCAACAGGUGGAGGAAACUAGUGAUGCAACAAAUACGAUAGGGAACUCCGAACUUGAACCUCAAACAAUGGUAGAAGAUCAUCUGUUAAUAAUGGCCGAGGGCUUGGACCAGGCUUCUGACUCAGUCUUGGCUCACCGAAUCAUGGGAGAAGUAUAUUCUCAUCUCGAGGAAUUUCAAACGGUUGUUAAGGUAUCUCGAAGUGGUUUGACUAUCAAUUCUAAAAUACGGCAAGAAACGGGCCUUAGGCUCCAGAACACUGUUGAUUCACUGAAUAUCCUGCUUGGUACUGCUCUCAUUCCAUAUCAAUCCCCUAGACAUCACCCAGAAGCAAAGGCAAUAUUUGAAGAUAUACUUUUAAGGAAACCUCAAGAGGACAGCUGUCUCCUCGGGCUAGGCCUGAUUUUAGAGGAGGGCCAUGACUUUAUUGGCGCUAUGGCCUUACUAGCUCAAGCCUUGACGAGAGAUGAAAAGAACGCGAAGGUUCGCAGCGAGUUAUUCUGGUGCAAGGUUCAAAAUGGAGAGUUGGCUGCUGCCUUAAAAGGGUUCGAGGAAACCUUACCCUUGGUUCAACCCCUGGAUUCACGCUGGCAUAACCUACGGGCCGAGGUCUUGUACCGCCUUGGAUUUUGCGAAUGGGAGCUGGAUUCGUCCGUAUCAGCCAGGAAGAACCGCAAUGGCGCCUAUUCCAAGUUUCUGGCUUCCAUCCAAGCAGAUAUGAACUACGCACCAGCCUACUCCAGCCUUGGAGUUUAUUACGCGGAUUAUAAAAAGGAUAAGAAAAGAGCCCAGAGAUGUUUCCAUAAAGCUGUGGAACUUUCAUCUUCCGAGAUAAUGGCAGCUGAGCGUUUAGCUCGAGAAUUUGCUGGCCAAGGCGAAUGGGACCUGGUUGAGGCCAUUGCUCGAAGGGUUGUGGACUCAGGAAAAGCAAAACCUUCACCCGGAUCCAAGAGGUCUGGCUAUAGCUGGCCUUUUGCCGUCUUAGGUGUCGUUGAAAUAAACCGACAACUCUACGCAAAGAGCAUUGUCCAUUUUCAAACCGCACUACGAAUAUCGCCUAAUGAUUAUCAGUGCUGGGUAGGCCUGGGUGAAAGUUAUUAUAACUCGGGGCGAUACAUUGCAGCCACCAAAGCAUUCCGAAACGCGCAAUCAUUAGAGUGCACUUUGCCCGAGCCUGAACGAGGCCAAAUAUGGUACUCAAAAUACAUGAUGGCAAAUUUGGAAAGAGAGCUCGGGAACUACGAACAAGCCAUUACGAUGUACGAAGAUGUCAUGCAUCUGAGGAGCGAGGAAUUCGGAGUAUCUGUAGCGUUGCUACAAACUCUAACUGAGAGUGCAUGGAAGGCAGCGGAGUCUGGAUUUUUUGGAGAAGCUACCCAAACAGCGAAGCGAGCAAUCGAAACUGGCUUGUCUGUUACAACUUAUCAUCCCAAUGGCUUCAACUUAUGGAAGUCAAUUGGUGAUGCCUUUUCUAUCUUUUCUUGGGUGGGCGACAAGACUUGCUGCAUGCCAAUCACGUCUUUUAAGGCAGUACUCAAUACAGCCUGUGACACUUCCGCUUUCAAUAUUCUUUCCGAACUUGACGGAAUCGGAGAGAGCUUUGACUCUUUGUUUGAAAAUUUGCUGAGCAGUAACAAGUCGGACCCGUUACUUUCCAUAUACUCAGCCAUUUUAGCCUUCAAAUAUUCGCUAUCUGCUACUACAAAAGAUACCCACGCACAGGCGUUAGCCUGGUAUAACUUAGGCUGGGCGGAAUAUCGAGCUCACACACAACGGUCAUUAGCUUUGAAGGGUUCAAGAAGUGGCAGGCGAAAUGGGUUCAUCAAAGCUGCAACCCAGUGUUUUAAAAGAGCAAUCGAACUUGAAGCUGGCAACGCUGAUUUUUGGAAUGCACUGGGUGUCGCGACUGCGUCACAAAGUCCAAAAGUAGCCCAGCAUGCGUUCGUUCGUAGUCUUCACAUCAAUGAGAGGAAUGCAUUCGUAUGGGCUAAUCUUGGAGCGCUUUAUCUCCUAAACGAUGACUAUCAAUUAGCAAAUGAAGCCUUUACGCGUUCGCAGUCAGCUGAUCCAGACCACUCUAAUGCCUGGCUAGGCCAAGGUCUAUUGGCUAUGCUUAUCGGCGACGCUAUCGAGGCACGGGAGCUAUUUACACAUGCCUUCGGGCUGGGGAAUGCGAGUGGAGUUUUCCCAAAGCAACAAUACGCCAUGUCAAUGUUUGAUGACAUCAGUGCUAGCGCUGAAGCGACAGCAGCCCAACUACUCCAGCCUCUGUUUGGCCUCCAUCAGCUGCGCUACGUGGAGCCUUCCGAAUUAUUCCAUUAUCAUCUUUCAUCCCUUUUUGCUGAACGCACUGGCGAUCUUGAAGACGCCAUCUCAGACUUAGAGAUAGUGUGUUCAGGGGCGGAAGCAGAAUACGAGUCAACAGAGUCCACCAAUUCACUGCUAAAAUAUGCACAGGCAUCCGCUGACUUGGCACGAAUACAGUUAGGACGCCUUGAAUAUGAAAAAUCUGCAGACAGCGCAGAAAUAGCGAUAAAUUUGUCGUCGGAAGAGGGUAUACGUGAAUGCCAUGAAGGGUUAUACCAGAUAAUUAGACUGUCAGCCCAUUUAACAGCUGGCUUGGCAUUCUACUAUCUUGGUCGCAUGGAUGAAUCUAUUGAGAUGUUCCGUAGUGCUAUUCAAGAGGCCGACAGUUCACCGGAUGUUACUUGUUUGCUUGCACAGGUACUGUGGGCGAAGGGUGGAGACGAAGAGAGACUGGUUGCUCGGGAACAGCUCUUUGAGAGCGUUGAAAAACACCCUGAGCAUGUGGGAUCUAUCACUUUGCUAGGGGUCAUUGCCCUUCUAGAUAUGGAUGAGGACGCCAUUGAGGCUGUGGAAUCAGAUCUCCAAGCUUUGAGAGUAAGAAGUGACCUAGAUACCCAUAGCACUGGGAAAAUUGUGAAGCUGCUUGCAAGCAUUCCCGCUCUGAGAUAUGAGGCCGAAGUGGAGACAAUGCGUACAUCUGAAAUGCUGAGACAAGCUGCAACGUCUAUAAUGAUUUCACCAAGCGAGCCACGAGGAUGGAUGGCCCUCUCUUCAAUGUCGACUGAAAAAUACGCUGCUGAGAUGGCUGUUCGAACAGCAUUGGUCAACAUUCCGCCCCGUGGAAGACUCAACGCCGAAGUCGUCUGCCAGGCAUAUUCACUAGUCGGGACAAGGAAAAGCGCAUUAAGCGCGAUCAUGGUGGCACCUUGGUCUAAAAAUGGCUGGGACGAGCUGAGCCAGUGUUGUUCCUGA